AUGUCAUAUGCCGUCAUCCGCACGGAAGGUGUUAAUAGGUGAUCGGAUCACGAUCACGGUGAUAAGUUUUGAUCAUCGCAACCGGAGCCGAUCAGUAUGCCGAAAAAAUUCGUCGGUGAGAAUAGCAAAGCUGUCGCCGCGCGGGCUAGGAAAGCUGCGGCGAAAGAGGCCGAGAGCACGAAGAAAGCACUCGAGGCAGAAGAAAAGGCUUGGCAGGACGAUGACCGGCAAUUAUUAAAAAAGAAACAGAAACAGGAAGAAAUAGAAAAGAAGCGGCAACAGCAAUUAGAGAAGAAAGCGGAAGUGAAAGCUCUUCUUGAAAAAGAAAUGGCAAAUAUAAAAGUGGGUGGUAAGCAACCUGCGGCUAAGAUAACGAGAGCAGAAAUUGUCUCCGUGACAGAGAAACGAAAUCAAGUCGCGUUGAAGAAGAAGGAGGAAACACCGCUCGAGGAAAAUUUAAAUAGGCUAACGAUCGAGGGUGAAACUGCUCACGGCAUAGACGAGGCUUUAUCUGUUUUAAGUACAAAGGAACCAGAGGUCGAUCACCAUCCGGAGAAACGCGUAAAGGCCGCAUACGCUAGUUUCGAGGAGAGGAUGAUGCCUAUUGUUAAGGAGCAAAACCCUACGCUCAGGUUAAGUCAAUUAAAACAAAUUCUGAAGAAAGAAUGGAUGAAAUCGUCGGAGAAUCCGCUCAAUCAAAAGUUACUUCUGAAUCAGUGAUCGUUAAAUGGGAACUGGGAACCUAAACACGCAUAAAACAUUACGAAUGAUUAGACGUGGAACGCGAGACUCAUUAAUAUGUAAUCAUAAAUCGGAAAACAAAUAUCUGUACACAAUUUUAUUGUAAACGAAUAAGUUAUACUCCGGUAGAAUACAUAAAAUAACAUUGUAUAAAAUCA